AUGAGCAUAGUCGGGAGAUCCAAGAAGAAGGAGAAGGAGCUCCUGGCCUGGGAUGAAUGGCUACGAAAGAAGCUGCCGACCAAGGUGGAACAAGAUCGCGGGCUGAAACUGGAAGAUAUGGAGAUCGUCAUGAAUUGGAAGUUGACGAAGGGGAAGUUCCGCCCUCUCAUGGGGCAAUUGCGCAAGAACAGCAACCAGCAGGUCCAACAAGUAACAGGGGAAGUGAUGAAGAUGCUCGGAGACAGCGCAGGCAACAAGAAGAAUGUGACGAAGUUGAAGGAUGUGAUGAACAAGCUCUGCGAACUGAAGGGCAUCGGCCCAGCGACGGCCAGCGCUCUCCUUGCGCACAUCGAUCCCGAGCGUUUCCCGUUCAUGUCAGACGAGGCGCUCGAAGGCUGUGGGAUGAAAAGGGAGUACACGCUGGCGACUUACCUGUCCUUCGCUGAGGCUCUGAGCUCCAAGGCAAAGGCACUGGGGGGUGAAUGGAAUGCGGAGACAGUGGGAAGAGCGAUGUGGGCGCGAGCGAUGAUUCACGCACAUGGGAACGAUAUGAAGGAGGAGGACGGGGAGGGGAAGCGUGAAGAUGAGCAAGAAGAUGAAGCAAACGCGAAACGGAAGAAGCGUAAGAGGAAGUGA